AUGGCCGACCAACCCCCUGACGAUGGGCAGCCGCUGGUAUCCUCAACAACCUCCACAACAGCCACAUCCGGUCCACACACGACCACAACAACAAGCUACUCUGGAGGACAUGGGGCAUCCAUCACGCACCACGGGCCGAUUUCUACGACCAUCACGCACCCCACGAUAACCACCACCACUCAGAUGCCCCGGUCGCCAGAUCGGGCACCCCACUCGCAGACUCACAUAUCACACGAACCACAAACCCAUCAAUAUGAGCCUCCAACUUCCUCGCAGCAGCCUCAAGCGCCGGCGCCCACGGCUGCGCCGGUCGCUCGAACGCGGGACAGCUCCAUCCGCAUAAGACGUCCCUCAGGACAAGAUGUCCCAUUGGCACAGCCAGCGCCGGCCACACAUCCUUUGCAGACCAUACCACAGGCUCAGCCAACAUCCGACAACAGCUGGCAAGGACAGGGUAACCGUAGGAGGAGUAGCUCUGAACCCCAGCGCCCGUCUGUAGCGAUGCUAGAAGCCGAGCAUGAUUUGAGGCGCCAUCCCUCAGCCAUUCCACCGCACUUGCAGCCGGUGUAUGAGGAUGCGUCACGCGCUGAGACCAACACUGGCGCAGGUCCGCCGCCCGCGAGAGGUAACAGCAAGAGGAAGAGACCGGGCAUGAACAGAAUGAGCUCGGCCAUCAAUCUGCGUCGCAGAGACCAUCAGCAUCUGGAUCACGACAUCGACAAUGACAUGGUUGACAUGCUCGAUGUCAUUGAUCCUGAAGUAUCAGCUCUGACAACCCUGAAUAACGUUCAGAACUCGUUGUUCUUGCCUAACUUGCCUUGGCUUUACAACCGCCAACCAACUUACGACCUUAUGCAAUCUCCAUCGGACUCCUCAGAUGAAGAGAUGGGUACAAGGCCGGCGAGUCGCAAUGACGAUCUUACCCAAAUGACCCAGCCAGGCGAGCAAGAGCAAGCAUCGCGUGGGCAGCUCCAUCGAACUGACACCCUCGAUUCUACCCUCUCAACGCUUGAAGAAGGACCAGGCCACCAUUUCGCUGUCCUUCCACACGGAACAUCACUUCCAGGUUGGACCCAGGAAGAGAAGGAUGCUCUGGACGACCACGUGCGGCAUCUACUGCAUUCACGACGAGCAAAGUUCAAGCGCAGUAUGCGCGGAUUUGCACGCUACUGCCGCAACCCUCUUGGCCUUCUCGUCACCGUAUACUUCUUCCUAAUUACCUUCUGGGGAGCUGCUUGGGUGCUCUUCCUCAUUGGCUGGAUUUCUGUUGCUGGUCGACAGGCAUACUUCGUCGAGAUCUGCGAUCAGAUCCUGACUGCUCUAUUCUGCGUUGUCGGUAUCACCAUGUUCCCUUUCCGGCUUUACGAUACCUAUCACAUGGCUUUCGUCGCCAAAUAUGCCCAUAAGACCUGGCGUGUGCGCAAGGAGCGUGGACUGAAGAAAUUGAAGGACCAUAACGAGCUGCCCGUUAUGCCCCCUCAGUCGACCCCUUAUGACACUGCCGAAGAGAUCGAGGAGGAGGUACAGAUCGAGGCGCCCGUUUUAAAUGAUGAAGAGCAGAAGAAGCUGGAGCAUCAUCAGGGUAAGCUGGCGAAGUCACAUACUUUCUACCGCCCACACGAGACCUACACCCACCACGCUUUCUCUAUUCGCUUGCUCAUAACUAUCAUCGUUUUGCUCGAUUGCCAUUCCAUGUUUCAAAUCGCUCUCGGUGGCACAACUUGGGGCAUCUACUACAAGGUUCGACCCAAAGCCCUCACGGCCGUCAUUCUUGCUUGCAGUUUGACUUGUAACAUCGUUUCCGGUAUCAUCAUUGGCAUCGGCGACAAGCGCAGCCGCAAGACACUCGUUGUAGAGCAAAUGAUGCGACAGGGUCUUACAGAAGAGGCUCUGAAGAAGCUGAGGAAAGAGCGUGGACUCAAGGCUAGAGGUCUGCCCACGAAAGCGAAGAAGAAGCAGAUGCAAAAUGAGAUUGGCGAGAAGAAGAAGAACCCUCUGGACACCAUUCUGCACCGAGGGUAG